AUGAAUCUCCUGGGCGCACAUGCCAUUAGAGAAAAGCUGUCCAAGUUGGCACAUGAGGUGGAGCUGCUGUCAAAAAAUGGAUCAGUGCUCGAGCAGUCCAUCAACAUAAGCAGACGCAAGAACGCGCUGCUUUCAAAGGAUGUGCAGGAGCUGAAGAGAAGAAAAGAAGACCAGACCACGCUCCUAAACAGAGAGGAGAACAAGAUGUUUACAAAUGCGAGAGAGCUGUCAGCAACAGAAGAGAAAAUAAACCAGAUGGAGGUGGAGCUAGCUGAAAUGCAGAUACAGAAAGCAAAGCUGCAGGAAGAAAUAAACAGCCGAACAGAGACAAUCAAAGAAAACGAGCUAAUCCUAGGCCUGUACGAAGGAUGUCUCGGGAUGCUCAAAUAG